CUGCGUGUGAGCAGACAAACAGAAACGGGCUGAUCGCAGGAAUGACUUUGUCAGCCCGGUGCCUCUCCCUCCUUUGCCCCCCUCCCUGUUGUGCCCUGCGAGGGUCUGAGCUUUGGGGACUUCCUUGUUGCGCACGGGGCAGGGGGGCAGUCUGGGCGGGGUGUGUGUGUGUGUGUGUGUGUUCUACUGUGGCCCCAGCUGGGGAGAAGCCCUCGGGGGACCUGUCUGGGCCCAUGUUCCUGAUCUAGCCUCCUAGGCCGCGGUGCUGGCCUCGCCGCCCCGCGCUGGUCGCUUCUCGGGCAGAGCUGGGAUGCUGCAAAUUGGUGGGUCCCCAGGCCCUGAGGCGACCUCCGGAGUUGCGGGGCCUGGAGUCCCGAUGGAGCCGUUUGAGGGACCAGGUCCCUCUGGGCGCUUGGUGAGUGCCAGCCUUUGGGUGCUGCCUGGCUCCUCCAGCAGCCCAAGCCCCAAGCGAGGUUUCGCUGCUCAGGAGUGGGGUGGGGGCGUCUCCGCGGCCCCGCCCCAGUCCUAUGUGCUCAGCAGCGCUCACCUCAGGGUGAAAUGCAGCCGGGUUCCCAGGGCCCUGCUGUCCUGGUGGGAGGUGGGUCUGGGUCCCAGAGGGUGAGAAAGGACUGGCCACCAGAGUGAGGGGGCACAGCCUCCUUCAGGCUCUGGGACCUGCCCCUGAGGACCUCGAGGGAGCCGGGCUGCUCCGUGGCUUGGCACCCCAGCCGCUGGUGCUCCAGGAGCCACACGGUCCUGUUCCUGCUGCUCCAGACCCAGGUCUCAGUGAUGAGCCCUCUGCGGGGGAAAGUGUGGGCAGCGCGGGCCACCCAGGGCUGAACCCUGGUCACCCUGGUCCCUCUGCCCUAGCCCCUCUGCCCUAGCCCAGGUGGGAGUCUGCACCUCUCCUGGUCCUUCCCUGUCAGGACACAUUGUACAGCUCUAUUCCUGGGGAGCCUGGGGUCUGUGGCUGACUGCCUUGUAGGGUUACCACCUUGCAGGGUUGCUGCCUGGCAGUGGAAGCUGGCCUGGGCCUUCGAGUGGCCGAGGACAACGGGCUCGCGGUGGGCUCGGGGCUGAGCUUGAGUUUCUGCCGCUCUUGGAGAAGGGCCAGGCCCCUGCGCGUGGCCAGCCACGGGAAUUUCCAAGUCUGGGCUCCUUGGCCUACGGGAAAAGGCGUGAGCAGGACCAGGCGCCAGGUCUCAGUGGGCCCCGGGAUGCUGCUGUGAGUGCCUGAUCGCUUCAGCCGGAGGAUGGCCUUGGAUGGGCAGUAGGGGCGCAGCGGCCCCGGGCUCCUGUCCCGUCCGUCUGUCUUUUGUCGUCUGUCUCUCUUGACAUCACUGCAGCUCCACCUCCUCCCGUCCCAACCCCGGUGCGUGCCGGCUUCCUGUGGGCCCAGAGCCGGCAUGAACUCUCCCACCGAGCCGGAUGGCGUGCCUGGCCGGGAGCCGUCCCUGGAGAUCCUGCCACGGACACCGCUGCACGGCAUCCCUGUGGCAGUGGAGGUGAAGACGGCGCUGCCUGGGGCCAUGCCCAGCACCGUGGGGCCUGGGGUGCGGCGGGUGGCUCCCGGGGCCGUGGAGCCUGUGGACCCCACAGACCCCGCGAUGCGGGAGCGGCAGCUGCAGCAGGAGCUGGCAGCCCUGAAGCAGCAGCAGCAGCUGCAGAAGCAGCUCCUGUUUGCUGAGUUCCAGAAGCAGCACGCACACCUGACGCGGCAGCACGAGGCGCAGCUGCAGAAGCACCUGCAGCAGCAGCAGGAGAGGCUGGCAGCCCAGCGGCAGCGAGAUCUGGAGCAACAGCGGCAGCGGGAACAGCAGCGGCAGGAGGAGCUGGAGAGGCAGCGGCUGGAGCAGCAGCUGCUGGUCCUGCGCCACAAGGAAAAGAGCAAAGAGAGUGCCAUCGCCAGCACUGAGGUGAAGCUGCGGCUGCAGGAGUUCCUCUUGUCCAAGUCGAAGGAGCCCACGCCAGGCGGCCUCAACCAUUCCCUCCCUCAGCACCCCAAAUGCUGGGGAGCCCACCACGCUUCUUUGGACCAGAGCUCCCCUCCCCAGAGCGGCCCCCCUGGGACACCUCCCUCCUACAAGCUGCCUCUGCUGGGGCCCUAUGAGGGCCGCGACGACUUCCCCCUCCGCAAGACAGCCUCGGAGCCCAACCUGAAAGUUCGGUCAAGGCUAAAGCAGAAGGUGGCGGAGCGGAGAAGCAGCCCGCUCCUGCGCCGCAAGGACGGGACCGUCAUCAGCACCUUUAAGAAGAGAGCCGUGGAGAUGACGGGCACUGGCCCUGGGGGGCCGUCCGUGUGUAACAGUGCGCCUGGCUCCGGCCCCAGCUCUCCUAACAGCUCCCAUGGCACCAUUGCUGAGAACGGCUUUACGGGUUCCGUCCCCAACAUCCCCACCGAGAUGCUCCCCCAGCACCGGGCCCCCGCGCUGGACAGCUCCCCCAACCAGUUUAGCCUCUACACGUCCCCCUCUCUGCCCAACAUCUCCCUAGGGCUGCAGGCCACUGUCACCAUCACCAACUCGCACCUCCCCACCUCCCCGAAGCUGGCGACGCAGCAGGAGGCCGAGAGGCAGGCCCUCCAGUCUCUGCAGCCAGGCGGCUCGCUGACCGGCAAGUUCUUGAGCACUUCCUCCAUCCCUGGCUGCCUACUGGGCGUGGCACUGGAGGGCGACACGGGCACCCAUGGGCACGCGUCCCUGCUGCAGCAUGUGCUGCUGCUGGAGCAGGCCCGGCAGCAGAGCACCCUCAUUGCGGUGCCGCUCCACGGGCAGUCCCCCUUGGUGACUGGCGAGCGCGUGGCCACCAGCAUGAGGACAGUGGGCAAGCUGCCCCGGCACCGGCCGCUGAGCCGCACGCAGUCCUCACCACUCCCGCAGAGCCCGCAGGCGCUGCAGCAGCUCGUCACGCAGCAGCAGUUCCUGGAGAAGCAGAAGCAGCAGCAGCUGCAGCUGGGCAAGAUCCUCACUAAGACCGGGGAGCUGCCCAGGCCGCCCACCACGCACCCUGAGGAGACUGAGGAGGAGCUCACAGAGCAGCAGGAGGCCUUGCUGGUUGAGGGGCCCCUGACGGUGCCCCGGGAGGGCUCCACGGAGAGCGAGAGCACCCAGGAGGACCUGGAGGAGGAAGAGGAGGAUGAGGAGGAGGACGAGGAGGACGGCUGCAUCCAGGUCCAGGACCCAGCAGGCGACAGCAGCCCUGAGGAGAGUCCCGACCUGGAGGAGCCCGGCACUGGCUACAAAAAGCUGUUCGCAGACGCUCAGCAGCUGCCGCCCCUGCGUGUGUACCAGGCGCCCCUCAGCCUGGCCACUGUACCCCACCAGGCCCUGGGCCGCACCCAGUCCUCACCUGCUGCACCGGGGGGCCUGAAAAGCCCCCCAGACCCGCCCACCCAGCUCCUCUUCACCACUGGUGUGGUGUACGACACGUUCAUGCUGAAGCACCAGUGUGUGUGCGGGAACACGCACGUCCACCCCGAGCACGCCGGCCGCAUCCAGAGCAUCUGGUCCAGGCUGCAGGAGACAGGGCUGCUGGGCAAGUGCGAGCGGGUCCGGGGCCGCAAGGCCACCCUGGACGAGAUCCAGACAGUGCACUCGGAGCUGCACACACUGCUCUACGGGACCAGCCCGCUCAACCGGCAGAAGCUGGACAGCAAAAAGCUGCUCGGCCCCAUCAGCCAGAAGAUGUAUGCUGUGCUGCCCUGUGGGGGCAUUGGGGUGGACAGCGACACCGUGUGGAACGAGAUGCACUCCUCCAGCGCCGUGCGCAUGGCUGUGGGCUGCCUGCUGGAGCUGGCCUUCAAGGUGGCCUCGGGUGAGCUGAAGAACGGCUUUGCCAUCAUCCGGCCUCCAGGACACCAUGCUGAGGAGUCCACCGCCAUGGGCUUCUGCUUCUUCAACUCCGUGGCCAUCGCGGCCAAGCUGCUGCAGCAGAAGCUGAGCGUGGGCAGGGUCCUCAUCGUGGACUGGGACAUCCACCACGGCAACGGCACGCAGCAGGCCUUCUACACCGAUCCCUCCGUGCUCUACAUCUCGCUGCACCGCUACGACAACGGCAACUUCUUCCCGGGCUCCGGGGCUCCCGAAGAGGUUGGUGGGGGCCCCGGCGUGGGGUACAACGUGAACGUGGCCUGGACCGGCGGCGUGGACCCUCCUAUUGGAGAUGUGGAGUACCUGGCAGCCUUCAGGACUGUGGUCAUGCCCAUUGCUCAUGAGUUCGCGCCCGACGUAGUCCUGGUCUCCGCCGGCUUCGACGCCGUGGAAGGACACUUGUCCCCCCUGGGUGGCUACUCUGUCACCGCCAGAUGCUUUGGCCACCUGACCAGGCAGCUGAUGACGCUGGCAGGGGGCCGGGUGGUGCUGGCCUUGGAGGGGGGCCAUGACCUGACCGCCAUCUGUGAUGCCUCUGAGGCCUGCGUCUCUGCUCUACUCAGCGUGGAGCUGCAGCCCUUGGACGAGGCCAUCCUGCAGCAGAAGCCCAACGUCAAUGCGGUGGCCACGCUGGAGAAAGUCAUCGAGAUCCAGGGCAAACACUGGAGCUGCCUGCAGAGGUUUGCAGCUGGGCUGGGCCGCUCCCUGCGGGAGGCCCAGGCAGGCGAGGCGGAGGAGGCGGAGACUGUGAGCGCCAUGGCACUGCUGUCCGUGGGUGCGGAGCAGGCCCAGGCCUCGGCCCAGGAGCACAGAGCCAGGCCGGCGGAGGAGCCCAUGGAGCAGGAGCCCGCCCCGUGACCCUGGCCCGGCCUUCAUCAUUGUGAUUUUGUUUAUUUUUUCUAUUAAAAACAAAAAGUCACACAUUCAA